GUGAUUUGGUGUGGUUUCCUCAACAUUGUGAAACUUGGUGGACUCGCAUAUGUAAGGAUUCUUGGAUGUGCUGCUUAUAUCCGUCUUGCAAAGCUUCUCGCCUGUUCUCUCGAGCGCGCAUGCGACUGGCUGAAUUUUGGGCUGCACUAGCCAACGAUGCUGGCUUUGUUCAAAAGGCUCGUGAUAGGUCAAAAAGAAAGCGGUAAGAGCUACGGCCCUGUAUCGAUGUCGUUGUCCAUGUCCUUUGAAGAUGAAAGAAGCAUCAUUUUUGCGUGUGCCUUCAAACUGAUAUUUCCCCAUCAUCGUGUGGGUCUUCUGUUUGUAGAUUGUCAUAUCUUUGUCAUUGCCGACAUCAGUGACCUCUCCAUCGUCUUGCACGCACACUACUGUGUCAUGGUCACCCUCGACCGUGGCUUCUACAUUGACGCAGACUUCAGUAUCCUCGCAAUAUCGGACAAACUCAUCCUCGAUCUCAUCCCCACAUCGAAUAAAAUACUGUGUUGGAUCUAUGUGUCGCUCGUCGCCAUAUGCAUCAAUUGCAGGUUCAGCGCACCAAGCACCACCGAAGACAUCGUCAGGUUCAGGACAUUCUAUGUCCGGCACAUAAGGUUGUCGUUUUCGUAACACUGGCAAGCCGAAGUUGCUACCGUGAUUCCCGUAACGAACCGAUGCCGAUGAAGACAGGUUGAUAAGAUGAUGAACUUCCAUGAUUGAAUCCCAUGCCUCAGUUGGAAACUCGGCCUUCGCUGCUUCGAAAGUAAUUUCUUGAAACUCAGAAGCCGACUCCCUCUCCAGCUGCGACUGCGACUGCAACUUGGAUCCAGAGAUUGGUGCCGUCAUGGAUGAAGCAGCGAAUCGCUGUUUCAGCUGCUGCAGGUUGAAAACACUGAACGUCAAACAUGCCAGCAUCAACAUGCAAAGCAAAAGCUUGCAGACGUCGUUGAUCCAUUUACGUUGCCAGCAAAGAGUGCCAUUUCGACAGAAGAACAUCUGCUGUGCUGAGUCUUAGACUUGGACAAAAGCGAAUUGGCCAGCGUGCCAACUUCUGCUUGCUUCGCGUUUCGAGGGGCAAUCGCAUUUUCGUCUGCUGGGAAUGUACCGGAGUGACUGCCCAAUUCAUU